AUGCCACCCACACAAAUACCCCGACAAGCCACAAACCUCAUAAAGAAGCCCAGCCAGGGCCUCCCCUCCCCUUCCAAGGUUACAAAACUCCCCACCCGCAAUCUCCCUGCCCCCAGUGAAAAAGCAUUAUCGCCCCGGUCAUUCUCCAACCUCCCCGUCCGACAGAAAAGCAACAGCCACCGCAACCCAACCCAGCACGCUAGCCUGAACCCCCCAAAGGAGCAGAACGGUACUCCAAAGCUCAAGUCCCAGGGAGAACCAACCAGCAAAUUGCCAAUACCCCUGCUCGUACCGUUGCAAGCACUGCGCCGUGAUGCCACCGCUCUAGCAGCGAUUCUCAACGAGGUGGGUCGUCCGCGUCUGAUCUUUGUGGUCGUGAAUGGGCCGGAUACGCUGGAAGGAGCGCAGCAUGGGGCGGUGGACCCCGCUUAUCGGGAUAAGGGUAGGGCGAUGAUUGUUGAUUGGGAAUGCCCGAGGACCCACUGGACUACUGGGGAGAGGUUGUUUGAUCCUGGGGUCUAUGGGGUGAUUGAGCGGGCGGUUGAGCCUACCAGCAGAAUCGAAGUACCUCCACCCAUACAGCCUCGAUCUAGUGCCCGCCAACCAACAAUGUCUUCGUUGGCUUCCUUCUCCCUCUUCCCCUGUCUCCCCUUCGAGCUGCGCGACAUGAUCUGGAAAUUCUCCCUAGGCCACAUCCCUCGCUCUACCGGGGAGCUCAUCGACCCAGGAAAGAUCAUCCUCCACCCCAUCCAGCGACACCACUGGCAGCCUCGUGCUGUCGCAGAGCCGGGCCACGACCAGGAUGGCGAGGAGGGCGCACUGACGACCCUCAAGGUGCGAUACCCCAUCCGCCACUUCCAGGUGAACCAGGAGGCUCGCGCCGCUGCAAGCGCCUAUCUCACCAAGCAGGAACGACGAGGGGUCUGGCUGGAGGAGCACUCGCGUUGCGCCAACCCACGCCGCUGCGCCCUCUUCUUCGACUGGGAGCGGAAGGCGCUCACCGCUCCACAGGCCCUAGACGGGCUGGUGGGCGAUGCGCUGUUCCUGUCGCUUGCGGAGUACCAGCGGUACUGCGAGUCCUCUCCGGUAGAGGGCUGCAACAGCAGCACCAGCGCUGAUGGACCUGAGCAGGAGCAGCAGCAGGUGGUGCGGUGGGGAACCGAGUGGCGGUGGAACCCUCCGGGAGGGGACAUUUGGUGGUCCCAAGAGGAGCAGUGUGCUAACAGAUGGCCUCGAGAGUGUGAUCGGCUGAGCAUGGCGAUGGAGGAGCCAAGGGUGGCCUUGGCGGUGCCGAUGGAGCUGCUGCGGAGGGAUUCGAACGCCUUGAAGAACAUCCUGCGGUGGCAGGGUCUGCACACACGGUCCGGGCCGCGGUUCACUGACCUCGUCAUUAUUGUGAAUGAGCUGCCUGACAGUGGGGACCGGAUACCGGGGGAAGAGCAUUUGUGCGUGGAGGUCAUCGAGAAUAUCUCACGGGACGGGUGGAGAGAGGCCGCGGGGGACAUCGGGCUUAGUUGGAAGGAUUUGAUGCGCAUUUCGAAGGCGGAAGCGUUGGCUUGGGAAUAUGGUUCUUUCUAUAACAUUCUGGCUGUGCGGGUUGUUCCCUUGGGUUCAAGUACUGUACGGUGA